AUGAAAUUCUCAUCAUCAAAAAUUGCUUCAUUUGUUGCUGAAUAUUCUGGAUUAAAACAUCCACAUCCAACUGAUUUUCAAACUUCUUCUUCUUCAAGAAAAUCAAGUCAAUCUUCAAUCAAACAUUAUUCAACAAAUAUUACAGUUGGUGCUGAAAUUAUUCCAAUUGUAUCAACUUCUUCUUCAAAUUCUACACCACCAAAUGAAUAUCAUCAUAAAUUUAUCAAAAAUAAUUCUGAAUGUGAAUCUCUUCCAAAUUUGGCUAUUUCAUCAACAAAUUUGAAGAAUAAAUUGAUGAAAAUCAAGAAAUCUGAAAGUCAAACAUCUAUUGCAUCUUUUAAAAAUUAUCAAGUUUUGUAA